AACUCCUGCCGCUAUGAAGCUCGUCAGAUUCUUGAUGAAAUGCACGAACGAGACCGUAACGAUCGAACUCAAGACCGGCGCCAUCGUGCACGGCACUAUCGCUUCCGUCUCUCCACAAAUGAACACCAACCUCCGCGCAGCCAAGAUGACCCCGAAAGGUGGCAGCCAGAUCAGCUUGGAUCAAAUCAGCAUCAGAGGAAGCGAGAUCAGAUAUUUCAUACUACCGGACAGUCUGCCGCUCGACACGCUGUUGAUCGAUGAUGCGCCCAAGCCGAAGAACAAGGCCCGGAAGGAGACAGAUCGGGGUGGUAGAGGAGGACCUGGAGGUGGCAUGAGGGGAGGGCGUGGUGGUGGAAUGAGAGGAGGGGGUAGAGGGAGGGGCAGAGGGCGCGGGCGAGGCUUCUAAAGCGGGCAAGGCAUCGGUAUCUUCCCACCAGAACAGGGCCGAAUGGGUGGUUUCACGAGCUGCAAGUCUACGGACUGUUACAUUGUUGCGGACGUUAGCUAUGGUUGAGGGUAUUAUCGCGGCUAUGGUAAAGGGCAAUGACGGCGCUGCGACAGAAUCGCGCCAAUGGAGGUCGCUAUGCAAAGCCUGGCAGGUAGCGCAAGCGGGCCGCAGAGUCAAGGCUAAGAAGAACAAGUGAGUGUUAGCGCGUCGACACCAGCGAUGAGGAAGGCGCGGGUCAGGAGGUGCCAUGUCAUGUGAGCAUGCGUUGAGACUCACUUGCUACCUUGUGUGUAACCUUGGUUUACAGUCACCCACAAAGCGGAGACCAGUGCUUGCUGUAUUAGCACUUCACCUUCAAAGCCUCUUUAGAGCCACA